AUGCAGGGCUGGCGCAUUUCCAUGGAGGAUGCGCAUGCUGCCGUGCUCAACUUGAUGGACGAUGCCAACGUUAGUCCCAAGGAUCGCGUGAGCUUCUUUGCCGUGUAUGAUGGCCAUGGUGGCGCUAAUGUGGCACGCUACUCUGGGCGUACCGUGCACACACGCUUGCUAGAGCUUCCGGAGUUUAAGGAGAAGAAGUGGGAGGCAGCUCUUCGACGAUCGUUUUUGAAGACAGAUGAGGACCUGCGAAGUGACCCUGUUUACGCCAAUGACACGUCGGGUUGUACGGCUGUGGCUGCACUGAUCGUGCCUCAAGCAAAUGCAACGGGCCGCACGAUCUACGUGGCUAAUGCAGGUGACUCCCGCAGUGUACUUGGUUUGGCCGGUGAAGCGAAAGCUAUGAGCUAUGACCACAAGCCAGGUAACCCCGAAGAGCACUCGCGUAUCCUAAAUGCGGGCGGCUUUGUGGAAUUUGACCGUGUUAACGGCAACCUGGCUCUUAGCCGCGCUAUUGGCGACUUUGAAUUCAAGCAAAAUGGCUCGCUGCCGGCGGAGAAGCAAAUUGUCACAGCCGAUCCUCAGGUGAUUUCCCAUGACUGGACAGGCGAAGAAGAGUUCCUCGUGUUGGCUUGUGAUGGCAUUUGGGACUGCCUGAGCAACCAGCAGGUGGUAGACCUUGUGCGGAGAGGUGUUGCGCAAGGCAAAGAGCUGGAUGUGAUUACGGAAGAUAUUAUUGACCGCUGUUUGGCCCCCGAUGCAGAGGUUGGUGGCAUCGGCUGUGACAACAUGACGCUUUUGAUUGUCGCACUGUUGGGAGACCGUACCAAGGCUGAAUGGUAUGAGUGGAUCAAGGAGCGCGUGGACAACAAGGUGGGCUAUGAUACACCCGAAAAUGUCCCUCCGGUCUUUCGCACGCAUGCGCAGGCGACGCAGAACUCGUCGAUUUUUGGCGGCGCAUCCCAACGUAACAUGACGCUUUCUCUGAACGGUCUCAAUGGCGGUGAUAUCCUGUCUGCCAUCCCUCGCGUACUCUCGGGACAGACUGCCACUGAGGACGGCGAUAUCCAAGAGACGGAGGACGACGAGGCUUUGUCGGCAGGUAACGCGAAGUCUCCCUUGUGA